GUAGAGGAGAGCGUAGGCUACUCACGCACCGUGACGUCAUGACGUAAACACGCGCUCUGUGUCUUUCAGGAAGAGUAAUAGUGUGCUUUCACACUAAAUUUCGGAUAGGCCCUGUAUCCAUGAGUGUGCUCUUGCUGGAGGCGUUCUGUGGGGGUUCCCACAAACAGCUGGUUGAUCUUCUUAAAGAAAGUAUUGAAGACUGUGUAAGCUUCACUCUGCCUGCAAAGAAAUGGCACUGGAGGGCCAGAACUUCUGCUCUGUACUUCAUGCAGGCAGUUCCAGCAAGUUCCUCGUACAGGGUUUUGUUCACCAGCUCCGUUCUCAAUCUUGCUGAACUUGUAGCCCUGCGGCCUGAUCUAGGCCAUCUUAAGAAGGUCCUCUACUUUCACGAGAACCAGCUGGUCUAUCCAGUUCGCAAGAGCCAAGAAAGAGACUUCCAAUAUGGCUACAACCAGAUCCUCUCAUGCCUGGUUGCAGAUGUGGUGGCGUUCAACUCUUCAUUCAACAUGGAGUCCUUCCUCUCCUCCAUCUCCACAUUCAUGAAGACCAUGCCUGACCAUCGGCCCAAAGAUCUGGACCAGCUUAUCCGGCCCAAGUGUCGCGUCCUCCACUUCCCAAUUCACUUUCCCGAUGUCACAAGAUUCCUCCCUGCACACAAACGUCUCAGGCAUUCAGUGUGGUGUGAUGAUAUCCACGCUAUGGCUACUCAAAGCCAUCAUCAAACAUCAGCUCCAAGUUGUCCAGAGCUCACAAUAGACUCUGAGCCACCUGAGAAGAUUGUGGCAGAGCAGUCCCUGGAGCCUGCAAGUAUCCCACCAUGCCAAAAGACGUUGCAGAAUCAUCCAGUGUCUCAUCCGUCUGGCGAUGAGAAAGGGAAUCUUCAGCCACUCCACAUAGUCUGGCCACAUCGCUGGGAACAUGACAAAGACCCACAGCUGUUCUUCCAGACCUUACUGAAACUCAAAGAACGACAGCUGAGCUUUGAAGUUUCUGUCCUGGGAGAGACCUUCACUGAUGUUCCAGACAUCUUUUCAGAAGCCAAAGAACAGUUGGUUGACCACAUCCAGCACUGGGGUUUCAUGCCCAGUAAGGAAGAUUACCUCAAAGCGCUGUGCCAAGCAGAUGUCGUCGUUUCCACAGCCAAGCAUGAGUUUUUUGGAGUAGCAAUGUUAGAAGCUGUCCAUUGUGGCUGUUACCCCCUCUGUCCGAGGGCUUUGGUAUAUCCUGAAAUAUUCCCUGCAACAUAUCUGUAUUCAACACCUGAACAGCUGUGUAAAAGACUACAAGACUUCUGCAAGCGUCCGCAAUUUGUCAGACAACAUGUUACUCAGGUGAACCUCAGGGCUUACUCCUGGGACACUCUUCGGGGCAGUUUCAGAUCUCUCCUGGGAGCUGAAAGUGACAGGAAGUUAACAGAGGAGCACAUGCCAUGACAUAACCCCAAGAAAUACAUUAUGAUUUAAAAUCCAGCCUCAUUGUGAAAGAGAGUUUAUGACCCGAGAGUUUAUGAAACUCAUUUAAGAAAAACAUGCAUAUGUGAUUUUAAUGUUCUCAUCUGGUGGGGGGGAAAAAAAGAAGCAAUUUUAUAUUUGUGGUAAAUGGAAAAAAGAUCAAAGUAAAAAUAAACAAUCAAAAAACCUGAAA